AUGGGAAGUUGUUGUUCUCAUAGCGAAAGUAGGGAAGGAAACAAUUAGGGAGGUCAUGAUUCAUAAAGGAUGCCUAGGGCGAUUGCAAGAUAACAACCGAAUGGGAAUGUAUUAUAGGAUGUGAAUGAAUAAUAUAAAAUAUAUUUUGAUAUUUUGGAUCAACAAUUUAGUGGUAAGGGUUUGAAGAGAACAUUUGCAUACAAAAGUCAUAUAGACAUAGCUCAGAUCGAAAAGUUGAGGAAUAUUUUUUGGGAAACCAGAGUGGAAGGGAGACAAGAGAUUUGGUAGAUCUUGAGGUCGAUAAUAAAUGAAGAUGAGGAAACUGCCCGUUUUCUGGUUCAGGAGGCUGAAUUGAAACCAAUAAAGGAUUCCUUACAACAUGUUUAUGAUAAAUUAGGACAAAAAUACGAUGUACCAAUAUUUUGCAUAAAUGAUCCAAUAGAAUUCUCAGCCGAGAAGUUUGAGGAUAGAGGUUUAAUUUAAAAUUCUGGUAAUGAAACUGUGAAAUUACUGAUUCGAAGUGUGAAUUUGAAUGGGAAGGAUAUGGAUGUGGAGUGUAAGUAGAGCCAGAGUGUAGUGGAUUUGAAGGAUGUAGUGAAUGUUGAGUUACAGAAGAGGAAUCAAAUUUAGUGUGAAUCCAUGAAGCUAUUUUAUAGGGGAAAGGAGAUGCAAGAUCAGUAUCAAGUGGGAAGAUACAAUUUAAUUAAUGAAGCUAUAGUAAUUGCUCAUUUGAAAAUAUUGCCAAAGAUAUGA